GCAGAGGUGAGCCGUGCCGCUCAGCGCUUCUCUGCCGAAGGGGCUUCCAACUUCAGCGUCUUCCAGGUGGACUCGCACACGCUCUACGUGGGCGCCAGGGAUGCCAUCUUUGCCCUGACCUUGGGCUCCAUCAGCCAGCGCCCCAAGAAGAUCUCCUGGAUGGUGCCAAAGUCUCACCGGGACUCCUGCACGCAGAAAGGGAAGAAAGAGGCCGAGUGCCAGAACUUCAUCCGCAUCUUGCAGUUCGUCAAUCAGAGCCACCUCUUAGUCUGUGGCACCUUUGCCUUCGAUCCCCGCUGUGGCUACAUUAAGCUGAGUGACUUCCGGAGCGUGGAGCAUGUGGAGAGCGGGCGUGGGCACUGCCCCUUUGAGCCCCUCCAGCCCUCCACUGCCAUCAUGGCAGAUGGUGCCCUCUACGUGGCCACAGUUGGGAACUUCCUGGGGACGGACCCCCUCAUCUCCAGAGUCACCGGGAACCCCUCGGAGGUCAUCCGGACAGACAGCUCCAUGACCUGGCUGAAUGAUCCAGAAUUUGUGGCAUCAGCCUUCCUGCGGGAAGGGAAGGAUGGAGAAGACGACAAGAUCUAUUUCUUCUUCACGGAGACGGCUCGCGAGUACGACUUUUACGAGAAGGUCAAGGUGGCCCGCGUGGCCCGCGUCUGCAAGGGAGACUUGGGGGGCCAGAAGACCCUGCAGAAGCGAUGGACCACCUUCCUGAAGGCGCAGCUCCACUGCUCAGACCCCAGGAGCGGCACCGUCUUCAAUGUCCUGCGGGACGUGGUCACUCUUCCAGCCCUAGACGGCGCUUGGAAUGCAACCAUCUUCUAUGGGGUCUUUGCAGCUCAGGGGAGGGAGGAGAGCGGUUCGGCCGUCUGCACCUACAGCAUGGAGGCCGUCCGGAGGGCCAUGGAGGGACGCUUCAAAGAGUUCCGGAGGGAGUGCGACAAGUGGACGCGCCUCACGCAGAGUGACGUCCCCCGUCCUCGCCCGGGAGCGGUAAGCGAGGGCCUGGCCGUCACGGAGGGGAUCGCGUCCUCGCUGGCCCUCCCUGACCGUGUCCUGACCUUUGUGCGUGACCACCCUCUCAUGGACGAACUAGUCCUCCCCCUGGAAAAUGCACCAGUCUUGGUCGUGCCGGGGGCACGCUACCUUCGGCUGGCCAUUGACCGGGUGGCUGCCCUCUCCGGCCAGGAGCACCACGUCCUCUACCUGGGGACAGAGGACGGCCACGUCCACAAGGCCGUGAGGAUUGGCCCUCGGCUCUCCCUCCUCGAGGACCUCCAUCUCUUUGCGGAGCCGCAACCUGUCCGGAACCUGCAGCUCCACCAGAACUGGCUCUACGUGGCGUCCGACACAGAGGUGACCCAAAUCCCCAUGUCCACCUGCCAUGCGUAUAAGACCUGCCAGGACUGCCUCCUUUCCAGAGACCCCGCUUGCGCCUGGAGCCGGGACCUGGGGGUCUGCCGGGAGCAUCACGGACAGGCGGGGCUGAUCCAAGACCUGGCUGCAGUGAAUGUGCCGGCAUUGUGUCCCACGGAGAAGAAAGAGGUGCCACUGAUGGUCGAAGUGCCGGUGCUCCCAUCUGCCCGGGUGGUCCUGCCCUGCAACCCACGGUCCUCCUGGUCAAGGUGUGAGUGGCAAAUGCCUUCCCAAGACGCUUCGGCCUACGUCAUCCGCAGGGAUGGCCUGGAGCUCUCUGCGGCCGGAGCAGCAACCGCUCUGGGGGUGUACGUGUGCCGGUGCGUGGAGUCCGGCAUGGGUGGUGUGGUGGCCUCCUACCACGUGGUCAGCGGAGGCCAAGGCCUCGUGAGUCCGGUCAAGUCAGCGGAGCGCAGCUACGGCGUGCUGGUGGGCCUGCUGUGCUUCGUGCUGGGUGUGGCGGUCAGCGGGGGCUGCCUGCUGCUGUACGAACGGCGGCGGAGGGAGCGGCUGCGGCGGGAGCUGCUCUGCCGCGAGAGGAACGGCCUAGACCUCAUGCCCUCGACCGCCACCAGCUGCAGCCACGAGCCCCAGACCCCCAGCUCCCCGGAGGACGAGCGGCACCCGCUGGCCACCGGCAAGAAGAAUGGCGGCAGCGGGCUCAACGGCUUCCCCCACUACGUCAACGAGAUGGACUCCGCCGACCAGGCCCGCAUCUACCUGACGGGCGUGCCCCUGGCCAAGUGCGACGAGACCUCCAUCUAGAGUGGAACGGUUGUUUCCGGAAGAGAGAGAGAGGUCCAAGGGGCCAGUUUGGGGCAGCUUGGCAGGGGGCCUUUUCACAACAGGGUCUCUCUCCGUAAAGGCUUCCUGUGGCUGGCCUUGCUAGCCUCCUAUGGCCGUAGGGAAUACUGCCAAGCGCCUCAGGGUUGGCCUUUGUGGCCCCAAGGGCCCCUGGAGAGCGCUGGCCGCUUCCUGGGGAAAGCCACACUGAGGAACCGUCAAGGACGAACAUGGGUUUCUCGCAACCUGCCAAAGGAGGGGUCAGCCAUGGUGGACCCUGGCCCUGGUUUGUGGGCCAAACAGAAUGGCUGCUCUCCCCAAUAAGGGGCCCCAUGGUGGCAGUUGUGGCCCUUUCCUGCUGCCGCUCUGCCUGGAACUGGACACCGGCCUGAGGUGGGUUUCCCCGGAGACUUUGCGGUUAAGUGACCAAAGGGAGUCCGGCGUUGGAUUGCCAAACGAAGGGCGGAGCAUGCAAUGUUUACUAUAAUAUGUCCGCCUCCAUUUCAGCAGCUGCACUGGACGGAGGGACCCCCCUUUUUGUGGGGUCUUCCAUUCGCUGUGGGGGAGAGAGUGGCCUUCCUUUGGCCAUCUCCAUUUUGGACACCCCCCCCCCCCCCCC